AUGUAUCGAAGGAACAUUGAGUUCAAAUCUGUUUCACGUCCUGUGGGACUGUUGGCGGGCACGGCGAACAGCGAUGACGAAUCCUACAAUAACUUUCUGAUCAAGGCCAUGAGUUUGUGCAUUCACGCGUGCUGCAAUCUUAAGAUGGAUGAUGCUGACCUCAAGCUGACCACUAUUGGAAGUGAUAAUGUUACGGACAAAGUAAGACCAGUUUGUGCAAGCCACUAUGGACAAAGUAAGACCACCUCCACCUGCCAGUUGUUAAAGCAGUGCGAGAUUAUCAAACUGCCCAUCAAGUCGACCUGGCACAGUGUGGGUGUCUUUGAUGGAUCUACUGUGAGAGUCUUUUACGAAGAGUCUUCGGAAGAAAAGAAGAAUGGCAAUGUCUGUACAGUUGCCGGACUCGAGAAGGCGGUCAAGUUUGGACAAGAAGAUGUCAUCUUCGUGUUGGAAGAUGUCGCCCCAGCCUCCGACGUGGUCAAACGACGGGAUCUGGUUCCGAAAAAGACUGUCGAAACACCGAAGGAGCCGGACAAUCCAAAAGCAUCCGCCACAGACCGUCGCCGCAACGCCCUUCCCAUUAUCGAGCCCACGGAUGCUCUGAGUUUGGCUGGUUUAUUGCAUGCGCUCGAUGGCAUUGUCGAUACUCCUGGCAGGAUUGUGAUUAUGACCACCAACCACCCAGAGUUCUUGGAUCCGGCACUGGUGCGCCCUGGACGUAUUGACCGAAGUAUCGACCUUGGCUGCAUGGAGUUUGCGGAUGCCAAGGAUAUGGUUGAGCACUACUUCCGCUCGUCCCUCUCCAACGCCGGGACGGACAGAUUGCCUGCGUUGUUUUCCGGUCGCAGCCGAAAGCGGAAUCAUGAUGAUACGAUCGCUGCUCAUGGCCAAUCCGAUGCUAUUGAAAGCUCAGCGAACACCCAAGAACCGGUUUUGAAAGCGAGGAAGCUUACUUGCAGAGAAAAAGGCCUUCAGAUCACCCCUGCCGAAGUGGAACAACUCAUCAUGACAGAAGCCACCAUCGAAGAAAUGAUCAAGAAGAUGGAAGAUCGACAGGAAGUGGGCGCGGACGCAGCCGAAGUUGCCGGGGCUUCGAUCUCUCCCGAGCACUCUGUACAUGUAGAAACGGCCGUCUCAUCGUCUGAGGAGAGUGGCUUUUGA